AGCAGCAUUAUGAAUAGCUGCAGUCCAGAAGCGCUUGUUCGGAAAUCUCAGGAAGCCAAAGAACAGGCGUAUUGCCCCUACAGCAAGUUCAGAGUUGGAGCAGCUGUCUUAACAAGCGAUGGAAAAGUGUUCACAGGUUGUAAUGUAGAGAAUGCAUGCUACACCGCUGGACUGUGUGCUGAGAGGACUGCCAUCUCUAAAGCUGUGUCUGAGGGACAUAAGAGCUUCCGUGCCAUCGCAAUUGCCAGUGACCUUGAAGAUCGCUUUAUUUCUCCAUGUGGAGCCUGUAGGCAGUUCAUGAGAGAGGUCAGUUCUUCUGCAAAAUAAAAUUAUGCCAACUGAUCAUUUUCGUCGCUGUAAUUUGCAAAAAGAUAAGUUACACUGUGGCUUGCCAAAGAAAGUCAUCAGGGAAGACCAAAACAAACUGCAUGUUUGGAAAUGGGAUUGUGUGAAAUGUAUUGUGGCUUCAAUACAUUAAAUUAAAACUAAAAUGGCACACAUCAUGUUUUUCAGCUUCCAUUGAUGCUGUCAUAUAA